UAAUUUCGUCUGCUGCUACUUGUUUAUUGUUUUCGUCGUCGUUUUGUCGAGUGUUUGAAUAGGUCUCAGUCUACCUGUUACUUUUCCCGAGCAUGUUUUCGGUUCUACCAAAAAAAAUAGUAUCUCCCGUUUUGUACAGCUUUCCAAUUAAAUAUGUUAGCUCAACUUCUAUUAAUUGUAAUACCGCCAUCGGCAUCCCAUUUGCGAAAGCCAAGGAGGGAAGUUUUGUACAAGAUGCUCCGCACCUAGAAAAUUCAUUUGAAGGCGACGCUUUUCUUAAGAGAAACUUGGAGCGUAUUUUGCCGAAUAACGUUUAUAGUGAUGUGAAAAAGGAAUUAUCAGCCUUUGGUGCUCGUGUAGCUACAGACAUCUACAAGCUGGGUAGAGAAUGUGAACUGAGUCCUCCUUACAUGAAGCUUCAAGAUGCCUGGGCAAACCCUCAUAACAGAGUUGUAACUUGUGAAUCUUGGAAGGAACUGAAACGAGUGUCAGCUAGAGAGGGCAUGGUUGCUCUAGCAUAUGAAAGGAAUCCAAAGCACCAAGGGUUUAGCCGCUUUAUUCAGAUGUCAAAAAAUUAUCUUUUUUAUCCUUCAUCAGGACUCUAUAGCUGCCCACUAGCCAUGACUGAUGGAGCUGCAAAAACCUUAGAGGUGAGUGGAUUUAAGGAUCAUGGUGGAGCAUAUAAAAAUUUAACAUCAAGGGACCCGGAGAGGUUUUGGACAUCUGGCCAGUGGAUGACGGAAAAAAGAGGUGGUUCGGACGUGGCGGGCGGCACUGAAACUCUGGCAGUGCAAGACCCAAACUUCAGAAAUAUGUACAAGCUUUAUGGCUACAAGUUUUUCAGUUCAGCGACGGAUGCCGAUGUCGCUUUGACACUGGCGCGCGUAGUAGAUCCUGCUACAGGCAAAACUACAGCUGGAACUAGAGGGUUGUCGUUGUUCCUUGUCCAUGUGGACCAACCGAGCAAUUUACACCUGAUUCGUCUGAAGGAAAAAUUGGGUACUAAGCAAUUACCUACUGGCGAACUCUUACUGGAUGGAAUGAAUGCUGAGUUACUAAGUGAACCUGGCCGAGGAGUUGCUUCAAUUUCUCACAUGCUGAACAUUACUAGACUGCAUAACGCAUCCGCAUCGGUCUCUGCAAUGCGACGAAUCAUCAGUUUAGCUCGGGAUUAUAGUAAUAGGCGAAUAGCAUUUGGAAAAACCAUUCGUAAUCACCCGUUGCAUGUUCGCACGUUGGCGGAUAUGGAACUAGAAUGCAGAGCUGGAUUUGUCUUGUUUGCCGAAGCCGCACGUUUGCUCAGUUUAGAAGAAAGUGGAGCCGCCAGUAACGAUCAGCAACAAUUACUCCGUCUGCUCCUCCCGCUCCUGAAACUGUAUACAGGAAAACAGUGUAUAAAAGUAGUUUCCGAAGGGGUUGAAUCAUUCGGGGGUCAAGGGUACAUGGAAGACACAGGCAUUCCCGUAAUUUUACGUGACGCCCAGGUAACACCUAUUUGGGAAGGGACAACCAACAUUUUGAGUUUGGAUGUACUUCGCGCAGUGGCAAAAACUGAAGGACAAGUUUUGGUUGCUUAUUAUCAAAGGAUCCAAGGUGUCCUCGAUUCUUCCGUAAAUCCCUCUCUAUCUGAGUGUUGUUCUCUGCUAGAGCAAUACCGUUCCCAGUUGAUAUCUUUUGCUCAGAAUAAUUCUGACCAGUUGGAGUAUGUUGCACGUGACUUUUCUUUCGGCCUGGCUCGUACUCUAGCUGGUGCUUUACUCCUGGAACAUGCUUCUUGGAGUGGGGCAGUCGAAAGUGAUGUUGCUGCCGCCGAGCGUUGGCUCAGACAACGAGAUCUUGUUGCUCAGUCACUGGCGGUAGAAAAAAUUUGCAACCCAUCUGUAACAUCUAUCCAGAAACUUGAUGAGGCUUUAGUUUUUGAUGGAUACGAUGCAAAAAAUUUGCUAUCGCCUCUGUUUUAACUUAAUUAGCAUAAAUAGAUUUAUUGUAGGUGAAGGAUAAACUGCUCGUGAUACAUUUUCAGCUGAUUUACUUCCCUUUUGGUAGAUAUUUUUUCCCAUUUACUUUUCGAAUAUAAAAAUCUAUUGUAGUUGAGCAUAUGUGUAGAUAGCAGUAAUUUCGAAAAAGAAUUGGCAGACUAGACUAUCCACGUGCUGGUGUGGUAUUUUUUUAUUUUAUUCAUUGUGCCGUUACCACUGAAAACAGAAGAUAAAUAGUAUUUCCUGCGGAUCAACGGUUAAAUACAAUGCAAGUAGGAAGGUUA